AUGCCAGAUAUACCUUUUCAAUUUUCUAUUAUUGAUAUGAAUCCUACGAUUGUGAAGAAAAGAAAGGGACCACCAUCGAGUAAUUUAUUCUCUAAUUAUCGAGGAAGCCGUCCAAUGUCAACCAACGGAACAUUGCCAAUCAUUACUGUCCCUUCAUUCUGUAAUUUUAAAGAAAAAUUUCUUCAGAUGACAACGAAUAAAAAAUCAACGAUCGUAUUUAACAAUCCCGUCGAAUCUCCAACGACACAAAUAAAAACACGAACAGCUAAUAUUAUUAAUCGACCAAUUGGUUUAACGAAACAGAAAUCUUCUCUUAGUUCUUAUUCAGCGCCCAAUACACGUCCUAUAACAUCUCAUCAUUCAUUUACUCAAUCACAAACAAAUUCUCAAUUUCUCUACAUCGUUAAUACACCUAAAUCAUCUUAUCAACCAUCUCCAAUUCGAAUCACGAAUCAACAUCACAAUCUUUCUCCGCCGCCGCCGCUACCGACACCGCCACCACCACCACCACCACCAUCACAGCAACAGAUUCUUCCGCGUCCACAAUAUCAAUAUGGCCAUUUUCUUGCUCAUCUUCGACGACAGUCAUUGGCUCGAUUACGUCGUAAACAACAACAAGAACAAGGACUUUCAGAUACGAUUGAAACAAAAAUAACAUUAAAUCUAAAUAGACAUCCCUCGACACACUCAUUUCAAUCCUCAUCAAAUCAAUCGCUAACUUCAUUAGCAACAGAUUCAUCAUUAAUGCCAACAAUAUCUAUGACAGCAUCACGAGCAGGAAGACCUUUAUCAUCGUAUCGUCAAUUGCAACGAUCCAUUAAAACUUUUCGUAUGAAUUCUGUUCGACGAAAUUCAUCAAUAGAUUCAAAACAGAUUUUUGAUAGUCAACUAUCAUCAUUUCAAUCUUCAUCAUUAUUAAUAACGCCAAGAAAUUCCGUUGUAGACGAUAGUAAUGCAUCGACAAUAUUAAAACCAUCGUAUGAUCUUCAUUUAAGCGAUGAUAUGCUUAACUAUUGUUAUGUGAGUGGUGAUAGUGGAGUUAAAUAUCAAGGGCAAAUGUUUCCGGCUGCGUUUUAA